CCAAUCCAAACACCAACCUCACAGCUUUUAACUUACCCACCCUCUAAGAAAAGUCAAUUAAUUAUCUUGACCAUGUCUCUCUCCCUCUCCCCAAUUUUCUUUCUUUCCUAAAUUCUUAGAGAGAGAGAGAGAGGGGGGGAUGUCAGAAACUUGUCUACAGUAGCCGACAGUACUCACACUCAUACAAAAUCCAACAAGAACUUGUCGAUCAAAGAUCCAUUUCUUGAAUUUCAUCCCCUUUCUCCAUUUCCUUUGGUGGGUUUUUCAAUUCUUGGGAUAGAUAUGUCCGAGCCGAGUUCAGGAGUGGGCGAUCAUGGCGGGCAUAACAUCAGAGGGGUGCCCACUCAUGGAGGAAGAUAUAUGCAGUAUAGUGUGUAUGGAAAUCUCUUCGAAGUUUCAAAAAAGUAUGUUCCCCUCAGACCUGUGGGGCGUGGAGCUUAUGGCAUUGUCUGUGCUGCUGUCAACACUGAGACAAGGGAAGAAGUAGCCAUAAAGAAGAUUGGCAAUGCAUUCGACAACAGAAUUGAUGCAAAGAGGACACUUCGUGAAAUCAAAUUGCUCCGCCACAUGGAUCAUGACAAUGUGGUUGCAAUUAAAGACAUAAUACGGCCUCCUCAAACAGAUAACUUUGUUGAUGUCUACAUUGUUUAUGAAUUAAUGGACACCGAUCUCCAUCAGAUUAUCCGGUCCAACCAACCACUGAUGGAUGACCAUUGCCGGUAUUUUCUUUACCAAAUUUUGCGCGGACUUAAGUAUGUUCAUUCUGCACACGUCUUGCACCGUGAUCUGAAGCCGAGCAAUUUGUUUCUCAAUGCUAACUGUGACUUGAAAAUUGGAGAUUUUGGGCUUGCAAGGACAACAUCGGAGACUGAUUUUAUGACUGAGUAUGUUGUCACACGUUGGUAUCGGGCACCAGAACUUCUCCUUAAUUGCUCAGAAUACACUGCUGCAAUCGACAUCUGGUCUGUAGGUUGCAUACUUGGAGAAAUCAUGACAAGGCAACCCCUAUUCCCUGGAAGAGACUAUGUUCAUCAAUUGAGACUCAUCACACAGCUUAUAGGCUCUCCGGACGAUUCCAGCCUUGGAUUUCUAACGAGCGACAACGCACGGAAGUACCUUAGGCAGCUACCACAAUACCCGAGGCAGCAAUUUUCUACUCGGUUCCCAAACACUUCCCCUGGAGCUCUGGAUUUAUUAGAAAAAAUGCUCGUUUUUGACCCCAGCAAACGGAUGACAGUCAAUCAGGCACUCUGUCAUCCUUACUUGGCGCCCCUUCAUGAUAUCAACGAAGAGCCCGUGUGCCCUCAGCCCUUUGUGUUCGACUUUGAGCAGCCGUCGUUUACUGAAGAGAAUAUUAAGGAACUUAUAUGGAGAGAAUCCGUGAAGUUCAACCCGGAUCCAAAUCAUUGAAGUUUGAGUAUGCGACAUCGAUGAGUAUUUCAACAUCUUUUGAAGUAUGUGUAUUUGAUUAUGUAUAAAGCCUUUUGAAGAUUGUUGUUGUAUUAAAAAUUGCUCCUAUUAGGCCCUAUAUAUAUAUAUAUAUAUAUAUGUGUGUAUUGGCUUAAACUUGAUGUACAAUGGAGCUCAAGUAAUGUUGAGUUUUCUUGUUUUCUUGUGUCUUU